AUGAAUGACACUCCUGGUGUUAUUGGAGGUCUUGAUAUUGGUAUACGGGGUAACCAAAAUGUGGAUGAUCUUGUGUCGGUGGUCGACAUUCCAUUUGAGAAAAUCAAACGUGUAAAAAAAAGACAAGUUAUUUGUAAGUCAUGCCCUUUUGACACUGAUUUUUGGGACACGAUGCGGUUUGAUUUAACUUCGGAUCUCAUUGAGUGGUUGAAAGUGGGUAAACUUAAGAAUCGGCGUAAGAAAAAUGAAGGGUUCGUGUACUAUGACAAGAAGAACACAAUCUUAAGCCCCCCAUUUGAUUUUAAUGUUGACGUGGUUUCGGAUAAGAAUUGGUUCUUCACCUUGUAUGAAUCCAAUUGUUUCCUUGAUGGUAGUAUUGGAUUGUAUGCUCUUGAACUACCUUCUCAGAAAUUUACUACCACUGAUAAUUUUUUCGACCAGCAGAUGAAAUCACUAUAUUCUUUAUACAUUGUUAACUCAUGUGACCCCCGGAUUUGUACGAUUGAUAAUGUCAUUGUCGACUACAUGUUUGGAUUCAAAAUUCUGUGCGGGGAGUCAUGGCUCGAUGUUGAUUACGUACUCUUUCCGAUUCAUGUUGAGUUGGAAGGUGUUGGCCAUUGGAUAUUAGGGAGGUUGUCGUUCGCAACUAGAACGUUGAUGAUUUAUAACUCCUAUCGAUCGACUGAUUUUGACCAGGUUGCAGAGAAUGAUCCUCUUGAUGUCAUUUUCGUGGAAGAUUUGCCCCAGCAGCUAUUCUGUGAUUGUGGCGUAUUCGUUGCUUCGUUUGCGGAGUAUAUUGUUUCUAAUGAGCCCAUCAAUGCUGCUACGUUUGACGUUGAUAUCGAGCGGUCAAGAUUUUCAUACCUAUUGUACACACAUGGAAAAUUGAAGCAGGAAAAAGAUUCCGAGAGUGAUGAUGAUUCGCCUGGUCCGUUGCCGGCAAAUUAUCGAAACUAUGUAGACAAACUAAACUCUGGUGUUUCUCCUUUUGGGCAUGGUGUGUUAUGGAAUAUGUUGGACAUGUUUUGA